UCCUGCUCCGAGUCCCCUCCACUUUGUGCUACACUCCUUGUGUUGUCAUCCGAACCGGGAAUUGUCUGUGCUUCAGGAACACAGUACUACUAUCAGCUGAAAUGGCACCCAAGAAGGACCCUAAGGCUCCCGCCAAGAAGGCCGAACCUGCACCUGCACCUGCACCGGCACCAGAACCAGCCCCUGCUCCAGCGGCACCUGCUAUCGACCUGUCCGCCGUCAAGGUGGAGUUCAGCGCAGACCAGAUUGAUGACUACAGGGAGGCCUUUGGUCUGUUCGACAGGGUGGGUGACAACAAGGUGGCUUACAACCAGAUCGCUGACAUCAUGCGCGCUCUGGGACAGAACCCCACCAACAAGGAAGUGAACAAGCUGCUGGGAAACCCCAGUGCCGAAGACAUGGCCAACAAGAGAGUAGAGUUCGAGGGUUUCCUCCCUAUGCUCCAGACCAUCAUCAACAGCCCAAACAAGGCCGGAUACGAGGACUAUGUUGAGGGUCUGCGUGUCUUCGACAAGGAGGGCAACGGCACAGUGAUGGGUGCUGAGCUGCGUAUUGUGCUGUCAACACUGGGAGAGAAGAUGACUGAGGCUGAGAUUGAUGCUCUCAUGGCAGGACAGGAGGAUGAGAACGGCUGUGUCAAUUACGAGGCCUUUGUCAAGCACAUCAUGUCUGUGUAAGGACCCUGCCACUGCGGUGGUGAGCAUCGUAUAUGUGCAGACCCCAUGGUGUCGCGACAUCCACUCGCUGUUUCCUGUACCACCUGAGGAAGCAGGGGGAACAAAGGACUAUGAGAUGUCAUAUUUCCUGAACCCUUCUUUUGUUUUGUUCUACACUUUUGUUUUCCUUUUGUCCAACUGGUGCUUUUUUUCCCCCUCCUCCUCCUCCUCCUCCUCCUGCUGUUCGGUAAGCCGACCUGAUUUUGACCACAAGAUGUUUCUCUCCUCAUCUUCACCCAAGUCCCCCUGUCUCAUCGGGGAUUUUUUAUCAUCACUGGUUUUCAAAGUGGAGCAGUGAUGGAGGGGAAGGUGGGAUAAUGAUGACCACCCCCUCCUAUCAUUUGCGGUCUGGCUGGCUCUCUAUCUGCCAGCGAAGUGACUGGUUUGGCCCGGGACUGGCCAUUAAAAAGGAAUCCACUCCUCGCCCAACCCAUCCCUAGGUCUUAACUUAUUGUACCACCUGCCACAAUAAACUUUUCACAAACUCCCAUUUUAUUUCCAAAUUUCUGACUCUACUUUUUAUGCAAAUCAUUUGCAUAUUUAAUUCAGAUGGAUGCAUGUUAGAGAGAGCUUAACAUUUCCAGAAAUACACUUACUACAGGGUUCCUACAGCUAAAGGGAAGUGGGAUUUAAGACUUUUAAAGACUUUUUAAUGUCACUUGGAAGGAAAUUUAUUACCAAUUUUACAAAAAAUCAAAUAAACAAACAAAUCAAUUGAAAUCAAUUACUCGGGGUUAGGGAGAAUUUUGCCCAAAUAUGUGUUAGCAUUUUUUAGCAUUUUUAAAAGAGUAGUUUAAGACAUUUUAAUACUUGUUUAGCUCUUGUUUUUAGGUUAAUUCAAUGGCUUUUAAGACAUUUUGAGGAUCUGCAGGAACCCUGUUGUCUUGUAAUCUGAUUAGAAAACAGUAGCCCAGUCUCACUUUUUGUUCUUUUUAUUGUCAUUAAUUAUUGUAAUUGGUGUCAUAUCAACAAGAGAAAAACUGCGUACAUCUACUUGACCUUUUAAAUACAUUUACAGUUGCUGUAGGGUGGAGCAGGAGGUGGGGAGGGGGGCACACGGAGAUGGGGUAUGCAGAAAAAACACAGAAGCAAACAAACAGUCGCGGGUGAGGGAAGUAAUUAGGCAGGAGGCAGGA